GUGUCCUCUCUGUGAAAAAUGGCAUCAUCAACUAAUGGCACCGGAAAUUUGGUCGACGAAUUUGAAGAAUCAUUCCAAGAAUGUGUGCAUGCGCUUACCAAGCAAGAAGCAUCGACCGGUGUGGAAAAAGACGAAAUUGGCAUGGAAGUCGAUUUAACGACAAUGAAAUUCAUCGAUCUGGCACGUCAGAUGGAAGCAUUCUUUAUCCAGAAACGAUUUUUAUUGUCAGCGCUUAAGCCACAGUUGGUGUUGAAAGAGGAAAAUGUUGAUUUACGAUGGGAAAUUAACCGAAAAGAUGAAAUGAUCAAAAAACACUAUGAAAGUAUUGAACGAUGGAAAAAUAUGCUGUCCGAUACACAGCCACAGCAUAUGCCACAUCCAUCACCACAACAACCGCCAAUGCCCGCACAGUUAAAUCAGAUCCCACAAGGCGGCAUACCACCACCACAUGCUGGAAUGAUGGGAGCAAAUCCAAUGAAUAUGCCACUUCCUAGUCAUUCAGGCCCUAUGCCAAUGCCAGGUAUUCCUAUGCAGCAACAACAACAACAUAUGAUGCAAGCUCAGCAGAUGCACAUGCAACAAAUGCAGGUCGGUAACACACCCCAAAUGUUUAUGCAACAAGGCGGCGUACCAAUGAGAGGUGGCGGUGCUGGCAUACCAAUAGCCAACUUUGGACAGGGACAAAACGUUCUACCGGGACCAUUAGCUUUUCUGGAAAAAACCACGAGCAACAUAGGGUGACGAGGACGUAACAGAGGUCGCCGAAGUGUUCGUGCUCGUGGUGGUUGUAAAAACGGCAUCGCUUAUUUGUAGUACGUUUAUCGUAUCGGACAGCAUGAUCUUAUUUGUAAAAAAAUGGUAUCACUUAUUUGUAAAAAAACAGUCAUCAUAUGACAUCGCUUAUUUGUGAAAACCAAUCAGGACCAGCAAACAUGCAUUUUGCUCAAUUAAUUGCUACAUAAUUACUAUGUAUGAAAGAAAGAAAAUAAAAAAGGAAAAGAAUUAAAAGGAAACUAGUUUGCAACGUUUAAAUUAUCAAAGUAUAAAAAUCAUCAAAGUAUUAGUAUACAUUUACCAUUGUGUUACUCUGCAAAACAAAAUGUACAUCAGUUCGCUUGAUCUUUCAACGAAUAAAAUUAUAAUUAUUCUCACCAGAACUUAUUCUUAAGAGAAAAAGUCGGUUCAUGCUAUUUCACAAUGUUCAAUUAUUCUUAAGUUAAAUUUUUCUAUCGAAAUUGGUUGUCUCGUAAACAAACGGCCAUUGGUGUUGUGGCUGCUUACUCAUUUUUCUUGAUGAUGAUUCUCGAGCCGAUUUUCGAGUUCGAGCAGCGUAUGAGUUUGCUGCCUUAUUCCGGCGUUUCGCAUUUGGUGUCUUCCUUUGUUUGAAAAAAACAAACAAAUUCAAGAUAUUUUGAAUGUUUUGUU